CCAGGAAGGAAAGACAUCUAAAGGAAAGAAGGGAAGAGUUCAGAGACUGAACUGACAGAAAAACCCUCAUUCUUUCCCUUCACUGCCUCCACCUGCUUCUUCUCUCAGCAUUUACCCAAAAACCACCGCCCGGAGCGACGCUUUGCUCUCCAGAAGGGACGCUCAGCCUAAAGAAUGGCGGAGAAGGUGCUGGUCACAGGUGGAGCGGGCUACGUCGGGAGUCACUGUGUGCUGGAGCUCAUUGAAGCAGGAUACAAGCCAGUCGUAGUAGAUAACUUCAGCAACGCUGUACGAGGAGAAGGGGAUGUAGCGGAGAGCAUACGUAGGAUAGAGACGCUUCUGGACACCAGCAUCGAGUUCCAUGAACUUGACCUCCUGGACAAAGCUGGCUUGGACAAACUCUUCAAAAAGCAUUCUUUCAGCGCCGUGAUGCACUUUGCUGGCCUGAAAGCCGUCGGGGAGUCGGUGCAGCAGCCGCUACGUUACUACAGAGUCAACCUCACCGCCUCCAUGAACCUGCUCGAGGUGAUGCAGGCUCACAAGGUGCACAAUGUGGUCUUCAGCAGCUCGGCCACGGUGUACGGAGACCCCCAGCGUCUCCCCAUCGAUGAGCAGCACCCGGUUGGGGGCUGCACCAACCCCUACGGCCAGACCAAGUUCUUCAUCGAGGAGAUGAUCAAGGAUCACUGUAAAGCUGAGAAGGACUGGAAUGCUGUGCUGCUGCGUUAUUUCAAUCCAAUUGGAGCUCAUUCCUCUGGUCUGAUUGGAGAGGACCCUCAGGGUAUCCCUAACAACCUGCUGCCAUAUGUUGCUCAGGUUGCCAUCGGGAGAAGAAAGUGUCUCAGUGUGUUUGGAAAUGACUACGACACACCUGAUGGCACAGGCGUGCGAGAUUAUAUCCACGUUGUAGAUCUGGCAAAGGGACACAUAUCAGCUCUGAAGAAGCUGAAGGAAGACUGCGGUUGCAAGGUUUACAACCUUGGAACAGGAAGAGGCUACUCUGUGCUCCAGAUGGUGAAAGCCAUGGAGAAGGCAUCAGGGAGAGAGAUCACAUACAAGAUUGCCCCUCGUAGAGGUGGAGACGUCGCAUCCUGCUACGCUGACCCUCGUCUAGCUGAGAAGGAGCUGGGCUGGAAGGCUGAAUUCGACCUGGAAAGAAUGUGUGAGGAUCUGUGGCGCUGGCAGUCCAUGAACCCCACCGGAUUCACCAACGGCACAGCCUCUUGACGCAACUCCAGCUCGUGGACGCUGUUCUUAAAUCCUCUUUUAAAUCGCCGCGCCAAAGCAAAGAUCAUCAGCUUCCUCGCAUUUCACCUGAACGCCUCAAGAGGAGCUGCAAAUUGUUUUAUUUUGUCCUGUUUAAUUUUCUAAUUGCUCUAUGCUAAUGGUCAGCUUACUUUCAGAUAAUUCAUUUGAAAAAAAAAUCAUGUCAAAAUAUUUUUUUUGCCUGUCCGUUUAUUUCAGAUUUAAUAAUGGGAUUAUUUUCUCUGUGAAUGUAUUGAUCUGAGACCAAAACAAUGGCAGAAUAAAUUCAUUUUCUUACUAAAAAAAAAA